AUAGAUGUUAUUACGCAGCCGCUGGUGUGUGCAAACAGAGGAGGAGGAGGAGGAGGAGGAGGAGAAGAAGAAGAAGAAGAGGAGAUCCGGCGGGUUAUGGUUUGUUUACAGGUGACUGGGGGUUUCCAGUUUACUCUGCGCCACUGGGACCAUGCAGACCAGAAGCUUAUCCACGAAGAAGAGCGAGGAGCAGACGGCUCACCACAACAACAACAACAACAACAACAUCAACAAAAGAGGGGAAGAGCAGAAUUUAAAGGAGACCUCUUCUACAUCCUCAUCUACAGGGAAGGCCCCAGGGGAGCCGGAGCCAGAGGAAGGAAAACCAAACAAGACCCAGCAGCUAAAGAAAGUCUUCAAGGAAUAUGGAGCGGUGGGAGUUUCCUUUCACAUCGGGAUCUCCCUCAUGUCCCUGGGAAUGUUCUACCUCCUUAUAUCAAGUGGGAUCGAUAUGGCGGCUGUGCUGUGCAAAGUGGGCUUCAGCGAGGCCGUCGUUCGCUCUAAGAUGGCAGCAGGAACCAGCACGUUCGUCUUGGCGUACGCCAUCCACAAGCUCUUCGCUCCUCUUCGCAUCAGCAUCACUCUGGUGUCCGUGCCUCUCAUCGUGCGCUACUUCAGAAAGACUGGUCACUUUAAACCCCCCACACCUGCACCCUGAGGACCCUCCUCUACUCCUCUACUCCUCUACUCCUCUGCUGCCUCCUCAAGCAACAAACAUCCUGACUGUUAAUAGCCAUAAUUAAAACCAUAUGCUCUCAUUUGCCUUCAUCUAGAGAUGACUCACCUCUCAUCAGUCAUUGUGAAUUCAGGUGAAACAUUUUCUUAAUUAGUUCCAGUAGAAUCAAUGUCUUCAAUUGUGUUACUGUAGGAUUAAAAAAGAAUGAAGUGUAAUGGCUCUUUGUAAAAGUGUAUUUGGAGUCAUGUUUUUAAUAUGUGUGCAUUCCAAAAACCAGAAACACAGGCUGAAAAAGCACAAAUAUUUAUUUACAAUCAGAGGUAUGAUCAGGGGUUUUAACCUAUUUCAGUGGGCGGGUUUGUCCCUGAAUGCUGUGAAGGUUCAAUGUGGAAAAAAGCUGAUCUCUCCUCCACUGUUCCCCGUUAGCUGACUUGGCCGUGUUCUGGUGUUACAUGAAUCAGCAGAAUAAUUCAGGUUCUCUCUGUCUCCUACCUCGCUGCUCUUUCUGUCCUGCAGACUCGCCUACGCUGUUUUUAUUUCCUGCCGUUGUUUUGCUUCCCUUGUUGUUUUGCUAUUUUUCCUCUUAGCGCCUCUCCUAGCAUCUUAUUUCUUCUUCUUCUUCUAUCUCUUUGCUGUGCCUCUCUCCCGUUUGCCCUUUAAUUUAGCAAAUGCCACUGCCCAAGCAGUAAAAAUAAUCUCUGAGUGAAGCUGAUUGAAGUUCUUUGCGAGCUUUGGAUGAAGAAUGUUGGUUUGUGAGGGUUAUUUUCUGAUGGACUGUAUUUAACUAUUAAAAAGGGACUCCUCCUUUUAAUAUGGAGUGUUUUUGUUAUGAAAUAUCACCAUCACAAAAUGAUUCCACCGUCACACCAAGAGGCCACCUUUUGGUUGCAUUUCUCCUUUUCUGCCACACUGGGGAGCUCCUGAACUACAAACACAGUGCCGUUGUUCCCUCCAUUACUCUGACAAAACUGCAACAUACAGUUCUCAUCUCUCAUAAGAUUGAAUGUCUUUGUACUCUUAAUGUCUUCAAGAUGGAUAUUAGCGUUAUAUCACCAGAAGGAGCAUCACUCCUCAUGCGCCCUACAAAACAUGAUGCUAAAUGCUUCCCAAACUUCUCUGGUGUUGUUCAGUGUGACAGAUCGUUGUCUACGCAGCGGCGAUAAAGUCGCUGUACAAAUAUUGGGAGAUUACUCAAAACAUGAAAUCAUUUACAGAAUUUCUUGUCACAGAGAACUGGAUGAUACUUCAACUUGAAACACGAGUCUGGGAAAACUAAAUUAUUAAA